GGUGCCACGGCGACGGUUCCACGGCGGAACCGUCGUGGUCACAACCCUGUGACCACUGUGGCUGCCCCUCACGGGUCCAGGAUGGUGGGCCCAGGGAUGGCGGGCGCAGGGAAGGGGGCCCGGGGCCGCGGUGCCGCCGGCACGCAGGGCAAGAAGGCCGGGCUGGACAAGCGCUGCCGGGAGCUGCGUGACCUCGUCAGCCUACAAGCACAAGGGUUACGGAUUUUCUCCCAGUCGUGUGAGGAGAAGCUCCGGCAGAACCAGCAGCUGCUGCCCAGCCUGCAGCAGGCGCUGCAGGAGGAUGCCCGUGUCCUGGAUUUUGUCCUGAAGUACAACAAGCUCCCCGCAAACGAUGCCUUCUCAGAGGGAAAGGCCGUUGCAGCCACCGAGAGCCUGGAGGCGGCCCAGAAGAGGCUGGAGGCCGUGGUCCAUGACCAGGUGAAGGUGUGUGACAUGCUGCUGCACAAGGUGAAGCAGUGGAGUCAGGCCCGGGACGAUCGCCAGAGGUACCUGCAGCAGCUCAAGGAGGCUGAGUUGGAUGACAGGCUGCAGCAGCCGCAGUUCCAGGCGAUUCGCCAGCUGGGCAACGACAUUGAGAAGAUGCUCAUGAAAAUUCAGACUGGGCAGAGGGUGACCAGCAUGUACCUGCAGGUGCAGGACAUCAUGAGGAAGGAGCUGUUCUAUCUGCCUCGGUACCUGGACCUCAUGUGUGGGAUAACUGUGAUGUACAAUGAGGAGCUCACAUCCCGGCAAAACCUCAAAGCCAAUGAUGUCAUCAAGAAACUCAUGGCCGAGGCAGGACCCCAGGUCCUCGUGGAGAGGUCCCUCAGGGAGCAGUCCCUGAUCGAGCAGAGGGAGAACCUCGAGAACCUCCAGCAAAAGACAGAGACCGAGAGGCAGCUGAGAGAGCAAGCAGCGGCCCUGCUCACCGCUGACCAAGCCCAGAGCUCCUCGGACGCGAUGGGGGGGGCCGACGCAGAGGCUGCCAUGACCCAGCUGGAGCGCGAGGCCUUUGUGAACGACAAGAUGGAGAUGGCCAAGGCUGCCCUGCAGUGCUCCAGCAUCUGGGACAUCCCGGGCAGCCUCCUGGCACAGAUGAAGUCCACGGAGGACCUGGAGCAGCACAUCCAGGAGUGCAAGGAGAACAAGCAGGUGCUGAGGCAGAUGCUGAAGGAGCUGGAGUUGAAGCAGGCGAGGCUGAAGUUUCACCAGCCCCUCGGCACAACCAGCCUGCGGGAGGAGGAGCUGAGGGAGAACCUGCAGCGGGAGGAGUCCCGGCUGGAGCAGGUGCAGGCGCAGAUGAAGAGGAACCAGGAGCAGCUGAUCGAGUUUGAGAACAGCAUCGACAACCUCUUCGUCCGCCUCCACAGCAUCACCAUGCCCGACCAGGGGGACUCUCCCCGGCCCGUGGGGUUGGAGGAGAAGCUCAAGCAGUGUGAGGAGAAGCUGCAUUACCUGAAGCAGAGAGUGUCCGACCGCCCCCCCAGCGCCCAGACCUACGACAAGGAGAGUGAGACUUUUGGGAAGGUCAGAAACCUCCUGGAGAAAUCAACUGCGGCUGAGGCACAGAACCUGAAGAUCUCCUUUGAGGAUGUGGGCCCUGCAUUCCACGUCUCCUUGGAUCUGGAAGAAGAAGAGCACGACUACAUCCCCAGCCGGGCAGACAUCAAGAAGCAGGGGCAGCAGCUGAUCAGGAUGAACACCAAACGCCGCAAAAGGAAGUAGCAGCGUCUCCACGGGACCUUUGGGAGCCCCAGGCCACCCCUCGUGUCCCUUCCCCAGCAGGUUUAUUAAAGCAGAUCUUCUUCAUUCCUCCCAGU